AUGUUAUUUCAAACAACAUUAACUCCUGAACAAGAAGAAUGCCCUAUAACAGUGCGAUUGGAAGCCAGUGCAACUUCUAUUGUACGGGGAUGUCCGGGGAUUCCGCGAAGCAUUCCAAGAAUUGAAACGGUGCUAAAUAUCAGAUCAAUUAACCACUCUCCAUUCCCACUCCGAUCUGUCAGCGUAAAGCUAAUGACAAAACAAAAAGUUAUGAUUCCAACUAAAUUUGGAAGUAGCGAAGCAUUUAAAGAAUUUGUCAUCUAUGAAGAUCCUUUAACUUAUCAUCCACCCAUGGGAGAGUUUUCGCAGCUACUCCAUGGCUUAGAUAUUCCAAUACUAAUACCAAUCCCAAAAGACCUUGCCCCAACUGGACAUUCACCUACUUUGGGGGCAACAACUAUACAUAACUUAGUUGUUAUUGUGUCCCUAGGGAAUUCUGCUUCGACGGAGUCAACGUUUGUCGACUAUUUCCCUGUUGAUAUUAAAAUGUAUGACACUUUACCAAUAUAUCGUCAAUACAAUGAACCAAUAGUGGAAUCAAGAUACUCCUCAGACAACCAAGCUUUGAUUGAAGUUGCAAUACCAGUUACCUCGAUUGGUCCUGGUGAUAAUCUAAAGGUCAUGUGCACCGUAAAGACGAAUUCAGCCAAUAAUAAAGUGAAAAAACAUAUUGCAUUAAAACAAUUGACAUUUCAAGUAAAAGAGGUUCUUGAGUGUUUUGAUGGCGGACUACCCCCUCGAAAAGAAUUCAAAUUGCACACCGAAUCAAAAGCGUUUGCUAAAGAAAUAAAUACCCAAGGCACGUCCCAAACAUUUAGUAUUCAGUUUCCCUAUGAAAAUGAGUAUUUGGAGAUGUUCACCCCAAAGGAGGAUAGUUCCUUAGAAAAUAAUGAGAUCACGGAGAGUUUCUCAACCACAAUUAUAGAGUCAACAAACAUUUCAAAGAUCAAGGUUUUGGAUAAGCUACCCGAUGGGGUACCGUUAACACAUAUACAAGGGUUUACAUUACUGGGGAAAUUUUAUUCGAUUUGGUUUGAAAUUGUUAUUAAAGUGAAACUAUCCCAUGCCAAGGAUAUUGACAUACAUAUACCUAUAAUUGUCUGUCCCUUUAAUAAAGAGUCCAGCACGUAUAUACUCAAUUGGAUAAUGGCAGAAUGUGAAAUUGUAAAGCGUGAAUUUGGGAAAGAAUUCAACAGGAUUUAUUCUUCAACCUCAAAGUAUCUGGAAAUGGUAAAAUUAAUAGACCGUUUUCGACAACCACCGGUGGUUUAUGAUAACGGAAAGAGCAAAGCCAUUAAUAAUAAUCCUGGUCCCAAUAAGCUGUUGCCGAAUACUAACUCGAACUUGAGCUCGGGUUUGUGUAUAGAUUAA